UGGGGCUAAAAAAUUCGCUGAUGGCGCUCUUUUUUUUGGGGCUAAAAUUUUCGCUCCAAGUCCAAAUAGAAAAAAAAUAUCGCAUCUCAUCUCCUCUCAUCUCACUUUUAAUUAAAUUUCUAUAACAUAAUCAUAAAACUCUCUCUAUAUAUAUAGAUUGAGAAUUAGCAUUGAUUUUGGAAGAGAGAAUGGAGGGAAUAACGCACCCAGUACCAAGAACAGUUGAAGAAGUUUUCAGCGACUUUAAAGGAAGACGCUCUGGUUUAAUCAAAGCUCUAUUCUCCAAUGUUGAGAAGUUCUACCAACAGUGUGACCCAGAGUUGUCUCCCAAGAUGUACAUUCCAAGUACUCGCCUGAAUCUACUGUUCAAUUAUAUUCAGUACUUGAAUGCAACAAAAACGUUGAUUUGUGGAAGGCGAAUGGGAAACCUUCACCACAGUUAUUAAGGCUGAUGAGGUCAGUUUAAUUUCUUUCAUUUUCACAAUAUGUGUUUUAAGCUAGUGUUGUCCUUCCUUUUCUUUUAUUAGGUAGAGAACUUAGUGUUUACAUUUGUAUCUGCGAACAAGUUUCUUUUUCCAUUAUAAGAUUUAUUUUAUCAUUUUAUGCUAUUACGUGUGGAAGGCAGUGUUUCUAACUAAGCUGAGGACCUUCAUCGAAUAAGUAUUUGUUAUAAUUGGACUCAGUGAUC